AGACUGUUCAUCAGCCUGAGCUCUCACAUGCAGUGUCAGCUUGCCCUUCUGACAGCAACCCAACAUCUCGAAAGAUCCCUGCUUUGUGGGUUGUUGACAGGAAAAGGGGGGUUGUUGCGUGGGACUAAGCUGUCAUAUCAUGCAGGCUAUUGGGGAUUGAUCCCUGCGCAUCCCACGAGUUUUGGAAAUGGAGUCCCACUGUGCAGCUCGUAUAAUUGGAAAAUGGAGAAUGAAUGAAAUGCCGGCAUUCUGCAGCUUCGACUUCGAGUGUCACGUUUACAACUGAAGAGACAACCCGGCUGAGACAUCUGGGGUAUCGCUAUCACAUUACCAGAUGACAAGGGAGCUGGACUUUGUCGUUGGGAAGUGCUUGGUAACUUAACUCAGGAUGAUGGAGCUAGCUAACUUUAGUGGCUAUUGAGCUAGCCCUGCUCGUAUCGGUCCAGCAGUAGUUAUUAUAACAGGGAGUUGAUUGCGCUCACCCCAAGCUCCUUAUUGAAAUCUCCAACAAGGCCUACCCCUACCACUAUGCAAAACGGCUCGCACCGAUCAAAGGGCACGCUUGCGCGUUGUACGGGGACGUGCUUCCGGCAUCAUUAGUGCAGAUAGGCGUCCUGAAAAGAAUAUCAAUUCAUCUCUUCGAAUUGCUUCUUCAUUUCUUCUAGGGUACCGUUGACUUAUUACUAUUACUACCCCAGUAAUAGUGAUUUACGUGAUACGGAAGAGGUCACACGGAGUUUUAUGGAUAUAACAAAUGGUACUCUUAACUACAUCUUAUCACGAGCGUUGACUUGCACGUUCAGAAGUCCGCAAUUUGUUAUAAGUCGAAUCCGUGUCGACCGAUGAUCUUCGAUAUUCUCAGGAAGAAUGGCACGUGCAUCCCCCAUAUUUGCUGCCUUGCAGAUCGUGUGGCCUCCAAGUAAAGAGAUUCCUUGGACCAGCUGCACGAACGCGCAGUUGAGCCAUCAACAUUUUUACCAAGGCCAUCAGGUGAACGAGAAAAUUCCUCUCACUCGUGCAAAAGUAAACCCUUUUGACGCAAAGCGAAUUACACGGUUCGAAGCGUGUUGCUGGGCCGAUAUCAGCCAAUUGCGUUAGGCUUGAUUGACCUUCUGCGGAUAUCAGGAUCGAAACUGUGAAAACUGCACUGGGAGACGGCAGAAUCCCUCUGCCUUACGUCCUAACCCUGCAGAUAUGUCAGCUAAGGGGAACGCAACGGGAAUUCCUUUGAGCUAUCCUGCCAACAAAAUCCAAAUAAUUCGCGAUUUUCAUC